AUGGAGUGGCUGAGCCAGGACAGUGCCCUGUCUAGAAGGGAUGCUUGGACUCAGACUUCUCCAGCUAGGAAGAGGAUCAGGCAUGCCCAGGUUCAGUAUUCAGGUCAGCUGAAGCUGUCUAUUGAUGCCCAGGACCGGGUCCUGCUGCUCCACAUUAUAGAAGGCAAAGGCCUGAUGAGCAAAGAGCCUGGCGUCUGCGAUCCCUAUGUGAAGAUUUCUUUGAUUCCUGAUGACAAUCGAACCCGCUGUCAGAAGACGCAGACCAUUUCAGACUGCAGAGACCCCUCUUUCCACGAGCACUUCUUCUUCCCUGUCUCAGAGGAGGAUGAUCAGAAGCGUCUUCUGGUUUGUGUGUGGAACAGAGCCAGUUCAACCAGGCAGCGGGCGCUCAUCGGCUGCAUGAGCUUCGGGGUGAAGUCCCUCCUGACUCCGGACAAGGAGAUCAGUGGCUGGUACUACCUGCUGGGGGAGAACCUGGGCAGGACCAAGCACCUGAAGGUGGCCAGGCGACGGCUACAGCCCCUGAGAGGCACACUGCUGCUAAUACCAGGAGGUGGGGAGGACACCAAGAAUGGAGAGAAAGUCCAGAUCACCAUCCCGAGGGGCAAGGACGGCUUUGGCUUCACUAUCUGCUGUGACUCUCCGGUCCGAGUCCAGGCUGUGGAUUCUGGGGGCCCGGCAGAGCGGGCAGGGCUGCAGCAGCUGGACACGGUGCUACAACUGAACGAGAGGCCGGUGGAGCACUGGAAAUGUGUGGAGCUGGCGCACGAGAUCCGGAGCUGCCCCAGCGAGAUCAUCCUGCUUGUGUGGCGUAUGGUCCCCCAGGUCAAGCCGGGGCCAGACGGUGGAGUGCUGCGGCGGGCUUCUUGCAAGUCAACACAUGACCUCCAGUCACCCCCCAACAAGAGGGAGAAGAACUGUACCCGUGGGGCCCAGGCACGGCCUGAGCAACGCCAUAGCUGCCACCUGGUGUGUGACAGCUCGGAUGGGUUGCUGCUUGGUGGCUGGGAGCGCUACACCGAGGUGGGCAAGCAUGGGGGCCAGCACACCCUGCCUGCACUGUCCCGUGCCACGGCCCCCACCGACCCCAACUACAUCAUCCUGGCCCCGCUGAACCCUGGGAGCCAGCUGCUGCGGCCUGUGUACCAGGAGGACACCGUCCCUGAAGAGUCUGGAAGCCCCAGUAAAGGGAAGUCCUACACAGGCCUGGGGAAGAAGUCCCGCCUGAUGAAGACGGUGCAGACUAUGAAGGGCCAUGGGAACUACCAAGACUGGCCAGUCCUGAGGCCUCACGUCCCACACUCAAGCUACGGCACCUAUGUCACCCUGGCCCCUAAAGUCCUGGUGUUCCCCGUCUUUGUUCAGCCCCUAGAUCUCUGUAACCCUGCCCGGACUCUCCUGCUGUCAGAGGAGCUGUUGCUGUACGAGGGGAGGAACAAGGCUUCCCAGGUGACACUGUUUGCCUACUCAGAUCUGCUGCUCUUCACCAAGGAGGAUGAGCCAGGCCGCUGCAAUGUCCUGAGGAACCCCCUCUAUCUCCAGAGUGUGAAGCUGCAGGAAGGUUCUUCAGAAGACUUGAAAUUCUGUGUGCUGUAUUUAGCAGAGAAGGCAGAGUGCUUAUUCACUUUGGAGGCGCACUCACAGGAGCAGAAGAAGAGAGUGUGCUGGUGCCUGUCGGAGAACAUCGCGAAGCAGCAACCGCUGGCCGCCUCGCCCCUGGAGAGGAAGAAACUCCACCCUUACAGCUCUCUCCAGCAGGAGAUGGGGCCAGUCAACUCCACCAAUGUUACCCAGGAGAGAAGCGUUUCCUCAUCAGGACAGACUCUGAUUGGCUGAGCAAACCCAAGGGCAGGACUCUGCUUCUGGCAACUUAACCCUUUCUGGGGAAUCCCCCACCACACAGUAACCUCACCUCAACUGGACCCAAAACGGAGGACCAAGAUGGUGGGCCUCGGGUGGCCUGAAGGGAGUGGCCUGAGGGUGUGUGACUGGCAGCGGGAGGAGCAGUGGUGUGAGAGGUCCAUGGGCACGUGCAGACUGGCAGUAGACAGUCCCUAAUGGAGAAGACUCAGAAGCUUGCUCCCUCUCUGGAAACGGAGGCAUCUGGACCCCUGCCGGGGGAAGAUGGGGGCAGCGAGAGAGGUUGGGAGAGGUCGCUCAGAUGGAGAACAUUGCUAUGGAGCUGCCACUACCUGAAGACAUCGCCACCCACUCAUUUUCAUCUGGACACAUUCCCUCGUUCAUGUAGUGGAUAUUGGGGGCAUCUCCUUUGUUCCAGGCUCCGUGCUAGUAGCUAAGGACACUGUGGAGAACCAGAUGGAUAGCUUCUGCCCUUAUCGGGAUUCUAGUCCUAGUAGGGAGUGAGCAGUAAAUAAAUAAAUCAGCAUCAACACCCAGGUGGCCACACAUGGGGAGAGUCUUUGCAGGGACAUCAUAGAUGCCUUCAGAUGGCCUUGAGUGUAGAUCACUGUGUGUGGGGUGUGGUAGGGGAAGGACAUAGCCUAUAAACUGAGAUCUGUGGGCAGGACAAGAGCUAGUUAUCCUCUCUGUCAGGAGAGAGAGGUCCAGGUAGACAGAACAGAACAUAGACGGUUUCCGAGGUGGGAAGGAGCUUGGUGUAUUGGAGUUGCAGAGAGAGAUCAGCAUGCCACAGCUCAGUGGGAAAGAAGAUGGGAGUGAGGGCCACUUUGUACAGGUUGUAGACUGAUUUAUUGAUUCCAUUCUAGAUACAGUGGGGGUCAUGGAAGGGUUUUGAGGAAGGGAGUCUCAAAGUCUCAAGUACAUUUCUACAAGAUCACUUUGCAGCUGGGAGGGUCCCAAGGGGCUGUGACACUAGUUAGGAGUUCCCUUCAGUCCUGCAGGUGAGGGCCAAUGGUGGCUUGUCUUAGAGUAGUGGGGACAUGAAUGCCAGACUGUGGGAUGAGAAGAGAUGAUAUCCCCACUCCCAUUGUGUACUACCUUGCCAAGGGGCAGUGAUGAGAGCCCAGCCCACUCACCCCACUGCCUUCUGCAGCCCCAGCUGGAGCUCAGCAUUAAGCAGUCCUCACAUGCUUUUCUAACCACCAAAAUCUAGACGAAGGGAAGUGAAAAGCCACAGGUCUGGCUCACAUGCAAAAGGGCAUCUGUGAGACCAGGUAAGAAGAGGGGUCAGAGAGGAGGAGCUGGAGAGAUGAUGAGGCCAGAGAACUCCCCUGACCUUGAACACUGUUGUUAUGUAAGACCUCAGUGUCUUUAGGGAAGGUUCUUGCGAACCUUGCGAGUUUGCUCAGCUGCUGGGGCUAUCUGAACCGCAAAAUGGUGGCCUAUAGAAGAAAGUAUGUCCUUAGCUUCCUUGUCUCCCUCUCCCAGCAUAGGAAAGAUCAGCCAUAUUAAGUCAGCAGUCUAAUGAGGACAGGAUGGAUCUGCCGGUGAUCAGGCCCAUGUCCCUGUUCAGCAGGGACACACACGUUGCCUGUCCUGGGACAAGUGAUACACAGCGUCGCCGCCAUCCAGGGCCAGUGCUGGGCCCGCGGGGCAAAUCUGAGCAGCUGAGCAACUGGGCCUGUGCAGACAGCAAGCUGCACUUUGAUUUCAUUUGAUUCCCUUACACAAUGACAUUAAUGGCAGCGUGAAGCACAGGAGAACCAUCUGCCUGGGAAGGCAGCAAGCCCAUCUCUCCUGGGCCUGCGGCCGACCUCUGUCCAACAGACAGGCUCAAGAGACAGCAGACAAGAAAUGGAGAAUCUGAAUGUAGCACCCAGUCCUGGGGAUGGGACUUGCCUCCCAGCUUGUGACAUGCUGCUGAGUGGAACAGGCACUCCUGUCAAGGUCCCAGGCUCGCUAGCUGGGGGGAAGUGGACAUGCGUUCCUGGUGGGCCCUGGGCUGGCCUGCUCAGCGACUGUGGUGAGCCACAGCGCCAUUGCUGUUCUGCUUUGUGAAUCGAUGCAACAAUUAAUUUGGCUCCAUGGGCUCGAGAAGAUGAAAUAUGACCCGUGGCCACUGCUCUUCAGCAUCCCAGUCCAUUCCAGUUGUUCGAGAUGAUGAACAAGCUACCGAAAAUUGUAUCUGAGAGUUACAAUCACGGGAAAUGUGGCCAGGCCCCCCACUGCAUGAGUCACACAAUGCCUCUUUCCUGAUGGGCCGAUUGUCUCGGGUUGGUGUCUCGGGGCCCAGGAGCUGGGAGAAGUGGAGCACAACCAUUUAUUGUUGAAAAGGCCAUCUGUGCAAUUUGAAUACAAAAUGACCCUUUUAGUUCCUCACACACCCUCUGCUUCUAUUCUCUUGUUUUCUUUAGCUCUGAGUCUUUUGAAAGUCUCGUCUUUCCUAUAAG